CCUCAGCACAGCAGCUGGGGAAGGCGAGCGCGCGGGUGCGGGAGCGCGCGCAGAAGGGUAACAGGUGACUGCUGCAAGGAGCGGAGGGGACUGCCAUCCCGGGAUACAGACAUGUGAGAAGGAAUGUCCCACGGUGACCUCUCUAGAACAUUGUGCCCCCCCUGUGUGAACGCAGACACAUGAGGAUGCCCGCCCGUCUCCCUGGAUCCCUGCCCGGGGCCGAACCCUUCCAAGCCCUCUGUAUCCUGUUCACAUGAUCUGGCAGAGCCUGUGCAUGACCGAGGCUGGACAAUGUUCCUGGCACGGACAGAGAAGCCAUAUUUCCUCUUGUGUUUGGUCUUCUCGCAGCUGCUUUUUGUUUUUCUUCUGUACCGCCGCGGAUCCUCCAGCGUCUUCCAGGGGAUCUUCGGGUCCAGCCCCACCUGGGACUAUUCCAGAACGCAUGACGUGUACACCAACCUCAGUGCCUUCACCCCCGACCCCGAGGCUGUGAGGACCCUCUACUGUCCUCUAAGGUCUCCUAUUCUCGUUGGUCCGUUAACGAUAACGUUCAGCAGAAUUCCGAGCCUGAAGAAGAUUCAGCUGAAAAAUCGCUAUGUGAAGCCCGGCGGAUAUUUCAGCCCUAAACACUGCUACGGGCGAUACAGGACGGCGGUGAUCAUUCCGCACCGCAGCCGCGAGCCCCACCUGCAGACGCUGCUCUACUACCUGCACCCCCUCCUACAGCGCCAGCAGCUGCACUACGCCAUAUUCGUGGUCCACCAGGCCGGGAACGCCACGUUUAAUCGGGCGAAGCUUCUGAAUAUCGGCGUCCGAGAAGCCCUGCGCUACGACGACUGGGACUGUCUCAUCCUGCACGACGUGGACCUGGUGCCCGAGAAUGACCACAACCUGUACAUCUGUGACAACUACCCCAAACACAUGUCCAGCGCCAUGGACAAGUUCCAGUACAGCCUGCCCUAUUGGACGUACUUUGGAGGAGUGUCUGCGCUGACUCCGGAUCACUUUAUGAAAAUCAAUGGUUUCCCCAACACGUAUUGGGGGUGGGGAGGAGAAGAUGAUGACAUUGCUGGGAGGAUUCGUUUAUCCGGACUGAGCAUCACAAGGACGCCGCUGAGCCUUGGCCGCUAUAAAAUGAUCUCGCAUGACCGGGAUACUGGAAAUGAAGAAAACACGCACAGGUUCAGUCUCCUUGGAAACACCAGGAAAACCUGGAGAGAGGAUGGAAUGAACUCCUUGGACUUUACCCUACUUUCCAGAGAACAAACCGCACUUUAUACCAACAUUACGGUGGACAUUGGUGAAGCUCCGCCCACCCCAACUGAACCCAGCAAGUGGAGGUUCUUUUGAUGG